AUAAAACCCUCCAUCCCGCCUCGCCUUGGACCAACCAGCUACCAUCACACCGAAAACAGAGCACGUCUUUGGUGGAACUUGAUACAGUCACCGCCGUAGUACACAUUUUAAAUCAAUAACAUGCACAUGCAGACUUCUAAACAACUAAACUUGUAGGGGACCCUAAACUCAAAUGAUGGCAGUUGAUUUAAUAGGGGUUGGUUGUCGUCUUAAACUAACAAAUCCGAUGCCAGACACAAACAGAAGUGGAAAGCUUUCUAUCUCUUUAGCUUGUUUUCUCUGACUUGUAAUAUAUUUCAUGCAUUGUUCAGAAGUCUCGCAGUCUUAACAUAACAUGCCGUAAUGUUUGUAAACACAACUCAUAGGUCUGCAUGUGGUGGCAUUGCAUUCAAAUACUUGGCGCAGGUUAAUAACGUCAUUUGAUGAGCGACGAAAGUUUGAAGUGAAGCAAGCUAAGCUAGCCCACUCUAGCCUUUUGGUAAACCAAAAUGUCAGCCGUAUUCAACUUCCAGAGUUUGCUGACGGUGAUUCUGUUGCUCAUCUGUACCUGCGCAUAUCUCCAUACUCUCGCUCCAAGUCUGCUGGACAAGAAUAAGACUGGGAUAUUGGGUAUCUUCUGGAAAUGCGCCCGAAUAGGCGAGAGGAAGAGCCCCUACGUGGCCCUGUGCUGCGCGGUCAUGGCCGUCGCAGUCCUGUUCUCUGAGUAGCACCAUGGCCUCCUCUGCUCUGAUGCUCCCACCUCCCCUGUAGGCUUCCCCUCCGUCUGGAGGACCAACCAGGGACGGAAUCACCUCUCUAGUCCUGAACCAGCUCCGCCUUUCAUCUCCACGCGCCUCGCGUGGAUCUGGGAGGAUCGGCUCCCUCGCCCGUUUCCUCCGAGGGCCGUCCUCUCGCUCUGUCGUGUCGGCCGGGCGUCUCCCUGCCCUCUCGUUGGGUCUGAUCCGGGAUCCAGGCCUUCUGCCGAGUCAGGAACUGGAACUGCUACUGAUCGACGCAAUGCUGAUCCCCCACUGAAGCAGUUGCCUGGCAUCCCUCUCACAUCCAUCCCCCCCCCCCCCCCCCCCCCCGGAGGCGUCAGCCAUCGCCAACAUCCCUGAGCUCUUUGUAAACACCGAUCUUCUUUUGUCGUCCUCAUUUGGCGUUGUUGUUGUUGUUGUUGUUCUCGGUUGCAUAUCUCUAGAUGUUGACCCAUGUGUCCUACUAAAGUGAGUCUCAGCGAGUCCACACGGAGAUGAGAGUGGAGGAUGGUGUGUAUGCAGUUCUAUUAUAUGACCCGAUGCAUGACUCUGUUCUGUUGUGCCUUGGUCAGAAAUAGAUAUAUAUAUAUAUAUAUAUUCUUCUAAAGAAAUGAGAGAGAACAUGGGUCAACUCUGUGUUCAAGACAGAAGCCAACUCUUUCUUUUAAAUGUUACAAUAGACAAAUGAUUGUUUUUAUGACCGUGUCUUGAAGCUGUCCUUAAAUCGUGGCGCUCGGUUUGAAAGGGGAACGUUUUUUAACGCCUUUCGAACAUUUCAAUAAAGCCAAGACGAAUGCUG